AUGGGUUCGAACGAGCUGUUUCAUUGCAAUCCGGUCGCCCGUUCCGCCUACGUGGCAUCGCCGUCGCCGUCAUCGGGGAAGCCCGGAAAAGAUAAGGAGGAGGAGAAGUCGGCGUUCGUCGGCGAGGGCGAGGAGAAGACGAAUAAGAUGCCGGAUGACAGGUCGAAGGACAGAAAGAAGAGGGAACCGUUUUCGAAGGAGAAGGCCCCAGAGGUAUUGCUAAUCUUUGAAAAUUUGUUUGAGAAAUUUGGAGGAUUUUUGCGUUUUUCUGAUUUCCCACUGAAAUUUCCAGUUGAUUGUUAUUCGUGACAACCAUCUUUAUAUAUCACGCUCUCCAGAGCUUACAAUGGGCGCACCGCCUAAAAGAGCGAUACAUUGGCGCGAAAUUCAAAUUUUAACAGCAAAAUUAGGGUUUUUUGCCAGAUUAGCCACGAAAAACCGAUAAUUUCUCAUUUGUCUCUCGAUAGACCGAUUGUACAGGCUAUUACGAAUUUCUUAAGCUCAAGAGCGUUAAAUUUGGUCAAGUCGCAAAUCACAUUUAUCCGUUUGAAGGUUUUUGGCUAAAACUGCGUGCAUUUCAGUUGCUUUUCGGUAGUUUUCGCGGUUCGAGCGCUCAAAAUGCUUGUAUUAACGUGAUUUAUCAUUCUCAAAACCAAUUCUGUCUGAAAACGGUCAAGAAAAUGAGAAGUGCGGUUUUUCGGCGGCUAUCGGCGGCGAAAGCGAAAAAGCGAAAUCCGCGAAAAAUGUGCCAAAACGCCAUUAAUUAGUGUGUUUUCAUGCCGAACAAUCAUUUUUCAUCGCCUUUGACCACAAAAAUUAGAGAAAACCUGCUCAAUUCAUGAAAACGCCAUUUGGCCAAGGCCACGCCCAUAUCGGAAGCUCUGGAGACCGUGGCUUUUGAAUUUAAAUUUCUUUAAAUGGCAAAAUUGAAGUCUGCCUAGCAAUACUGAGCCGUGGCAUAACUUUCCUUCUUCCAGACCCAACCGGAAACCGAACAUGCGACUAGCGCCCAAAAGAAGCCGAAAGAGAUGAAGAAGCGAAAGAAGCGUCGCAUCCGCAUCACUUCCGUCGACCAAUCCGCGUCGGUGGCAGAGGACCGGACGACGCACGAGAAGGAGGAUUUUGCCACGCUGGAGAAGAAGCUCCGCGAGUUCGACUUCUACCACGGCUUCUUGCCGCGCGAGGAUCUCGCCUCGACGAUUCAGAAUCCGGGCGAGUUUCUGUUGCGCGUGUCAGAAGUGGUGGAGGCGGAGAAUAAGGUGAACCGAGAAGUGAUUCUGUCGUUGAUCCCCGUACAAGUGGACGGAAAGGAGGAGGAGGACAAGAAGAAAGUGCGUAACGUGGUGAUCAAACGGGUCGCUGCCAACAUGUUCUUCUGCGAGCCAACGCGCACCUUCGAGUCUAUAAACGAACUCAUCGUCUACUACCAGAAAAAUACGGGCGUGUGCAGUUCGGGCCAGUUCCAACUCAAAACCGCCGUGCUCAUUCAGCCGUGGGAGUUUAUGCACUCGGACGUGACGAUCGGCAAAGUGCUCGGCGAGGGCGCGUUCGGAAAAGUGUGCUCGGGCACGUUGAAGCUCAAGGACGGACAGCAGGUGGAGGUGGCGAUCAAGAUGACGAAGGUGUCGGCGUUUCUGAGCAAGAUGAAGAUCAAGGAGAUGAUGAACGAGGCGCGCUUCAUCCGCAACUUCAACAACAAAAACGUGGUCCGUUUGUACGGAGUGGCGCACGACGAACAGCCCCUUUACAUUCUACUCGAGCUCGUCAAGGGCGGAUCGCUUCUCGACUAUUUGAAGAAGAACUCGAAAGCGAUCACACUGACGGAACGACUCAAAUUCUGUCUGGGAGCCGCGCGUGGCAUAGAGUACCUGCACCAGAACAACUGCAUUCAUCGGUAUGCUCUCGGGGAAUCCGAUCCUUCUAGGCCAUCAUGUUGUUUCAGUGACAUCGCCGCCCGCAACUGUCUCCUCUCGGAGAACGUCGUCAAAAUCACCGACUUUGGAUUGUCCCGCACCGGUCCGUCUUACAAAAUGAAGACGUCGUGCAAGUUGCCGGUGAAAUGGCUGGCGCCUGAAACGAUCACCACGCUUAGCUUCAGUUUUGCCACCGACGUCUACAGGUACGAUAAUGCAUUUAGAAAGUAAUCGAUUGUACAAAGUAAAAUGUAAACGAUACUAGCCAACCGAGGAAGAGAGUGUUCGCAAAAGACGACGAACGGCAAUUUCCGCCCGUAUUUCAGUGUUGACUCUGGCAUUUCUUUAUUAAUCUAACGGCGGCCUAAUAAGAUUGAUAUGACACCUAACUAGAUUAAUAAAUUGUCUAGCUAGAUUAAUAAAGAGUCCGUGACAAAAGGUCGGAAGAUAAAACGUCGGAAAAAAGUGACAAAAGGUCGGAAAAACUGCUCAAAUACCUGUCUUCUGACGUUUUGUUAUUUUUUUCCUACCUUUUGCCAUUUUUUCCGUCAUUUUGGCUUCCGAACUUUCUGAUUUUCCGACCUUUUGUCACGGACUCUUAUGGGGUUAUUCAGGCUGUGAAAAAAAUGAUUGUUUUUCGAUUUUUUCGUUUUUUUACGUCAAAAAAUUCAAUUCAGCGAUGUAAAAAACGAAAAAAAACGGAAAACAAACAUACGCUGAAUAGCCCCAUUAGAAAGUACUCAAAUCAAGUUUCACGCCAACCGUCUGCUGGCUCAAAUCUCGAUUGCGCCAAGAAAAAACAGUCGAAUCUAAUUAUUAAUUAGGUCGCGUUUAGAUCAGUAACUUUCUAAUUAGAUUAAUAUCGAAUUGCCAGAGGAUCUUGGGGGCGCGAAAAAGUUUUGUUUUUGAACGGCACGGCAUUUUUCCUAGUUUCCCGAAGAAGUAACAGUUUUCACGGAAAACACUUGUCUCACAGUUGUUCAAAUAAUCCACAGCUACGACGAUUCUCGAAUGUUCUUCUUGUUAUUUGCGUCAUUCUUUGCGAACAUUUUCUAGAAAACAACUCUCUUGUUCCGCCAAUGUUUCGCCAAGACCGUCGUCUUUUUUUUUCUUUUUUUUUGUCCACCGCGCGGCGUUUUAAUCGGAGUGCCGUUGAGAAAAAAUAGUAAUUUGCUACGCCCUGUGACUUUGUACUUUUAUGUUCUAGAAAGCUCUUGCAUUCGCUUCAAAUUCGCUUCAAAAAACUUCAGUUCCAGAAAAACUUACUAUAGACACUGUUUGCAGCUGGGGCAUCACGGUCUACGAAGUGUUCGCCGACGGAGCGGAGCCGUUCCCCGAAAUUCCGAACGCGCAGGUGAAGGUGGACGUGCCGGCCGGAAAGUUUCUCCAACUGCCUUCGCACACGCCGGACGCCGUCAAAAAGUACAUUGGGAGUCUCGUGUUCACGGAGGGACCGCGACGAGCUACGAUGACCGAUGCGGCCGUCGAAUUCGAACGAUUUGUGGCCAUGAGCGAGACGGGCGGACUGGACGCGCACGGAGCAAAGCUGAAGAUUCUGAAGGUGUUCAAUAAGAAGAAGUGAACUUUGUGUAUUAUUAUCGAUUUGAAUGAAACGAACAGGAGAGUUCUGCUAGUACGCCAGUUUCCAUAAAGGUUUGUGACAAGUUUGAGCAGAAACUUGCUUUCCUUUUCCAAAUACAAUCAGAGUUGAGCGGAAGAACUCAACGGAAGAACACGGAAGCAUUUUUGUCUUUUUUAGAAAAUUUUUUCAUAGAAUGUGAUCAACUGACGAAAUGUAGAGCAAAGUGAACUCUGCUCAUAGAAAAAUAAUUGUAAAUUUAGCGAUUCAUACAAAAAAGUUAAGGGCUAACCGAAGACGGAAAGACAUUUUCACGCAAAAACUCGAAUAACUUUUUUGUAUGAAACGCUAAAUUUACAAUGAUUUUUCUAUGAGCAGAGUUCACUUUGCUCUACAUUUCGUCAGUUGAUCACAUUUCAUGAAAAAAUUUUCUAAAAAAGAUAAAAAUUCUUCCGUGUUCUUCCGUUGAGUUCUUCCGCUCAACUCUGAAUACAAUUAAUGAACAAGUCACACUGUGACGAUUCUACCUUCUAGCCUCCAUUGUAGAUCCUUCGGGUGACUUUCAAGUGAAACAACAUCACACACUGACUCCAAUGUAGCCAAAAUGUACAAGACGGGCGGUACAGUGUGGUCAGUUCAUGAUAACACACGCACGUCCACUUUUUCCUUUUACAUGUUAUCUCAUCUCCUUAUCACCAUCACCACCUCACAUUUCUUUCUUCCUUGUUUUGAUUCUUGCACAUGCCCGCAGUUCAGUUUAACUUUAACCAAGUUAAUCAGAUUAACACCAAUUUCGUUUAUUUCGUGAAACCCCGCGUAGGCCCGACUAUCAUAUUCACAGCUUUUAUCAGUGGAGCGCACUUUUAUCGCAUGUAACAUUUUGUAAUUUCAGAAAAUGGUGCACUUGAACAAGGCGAUUCAAGAGGGAGACAACCCGGAUUUGACCGAGGAACGACUCACCGGAACAUUCGAUACAAAUGCGAUGGCGGCGCAGAUUCAUGGCGGCGAAAGAGUGAGUGGACAAUGGAAAUUGCAUAGUUUUGGCUUGUGUUCUAGUCACUUUUGUGUUGUUUUGCAAUUUCUCGACAAUCCUCUGUAACUUUUGCGCAAACUUUCCAAACUCUCAACAUUUGCGUAUCCAGCUGAAGUUGCGUAAUCUUUUCGCAAAAAAGGCUUGUCGAGUUGCAAUUUCGCAACUGCAAAAGAUGAUCCCAUAGACAAAAUGUCUAAUUGCGAGACCAUUUCGUUGCAGCGUGCUCGCCGUCGUCGUGAGAUUACCGCUGCCGUGGCGAAGCUUCCAGAACUUCACGACUCGAAACCGCUUCCGUUCAUGACCCGAGAGGAAAAAGUGUUGGAGGGAGCACGUAAAGUCUCGCUGCUCACCCAGAAAAUAAAGGAUAUUGUCGACCCGACGAAUGGCGCAGAGCUGUAUCAUUUGAAUAAGUAAGUGAGAUGACCCAAACAACACUAUACAAUCGAAUUAUUUCAGUGAGGUGGUGGGAAUCGAGGGAAAUCCGAUGGCUCUGCACGGAAUCAUGUUCAUUCCGGCGCUGACCGCCCAGGCAUCGGCGGAGCAGCAGGCCAAGUGGCUCACGAGAGCUCAGCGACGUGAAAUCAUCGGAACUUACGCGCAAACCGAACUGGGCCACGGCACGAAUCUGCAAAAUCUCGAGACGACUGCCACGUAUGACACGGCGACGCAAGAGUUUGUGCUCCACACUCCGCAGAUCACAGCCCUCAAGUGGUGGCCGGGGAAUCUGGGCAAGAGCAGCAAUUACGCGAUCGUCGUCGCGCAUAUGAUCAUCAAGGACAAGAAUUACGGGCCACAGACGUUUAUGGUACAAUUGAGAGAUGAGCAGACGCACAAACCGUUGCCAGGAAUCACGAUCGGCGACAUCGGACCAAAGAUGGCCUACAACAUUACCGAUAACGGCUUCCUCGGAUUCGACCACUUCCGCAUCCCGCGUACGAAUCUUCUGAUGCGGCACUCGCGCGUCGAACCCGAUGGCACUUUUGUGAAGCCGCCGCACGCGAAAAUCAACUACUCGGCGAUGGUGCACGUGAGAAGCUACAUGAUCACCGGACAGGCGAUGAUGCUGGCCUACGCGCUGACCAUUGCGACGCGGUAUUCGUCGGUCCGACGGCAGGGACAGAUAAAUAAGACGUUGGUUAAUUCAUACAAUAUCUCUUCAUACCAUCAUUUUGCAGGCAGCCAGAAGUGAAAGUGCUCGAGUACCAAACCCAGCAACAUCGACUGUUUCCGGCCAUCGCGCGCGCCUACGCAUUCAUGUUUGCCGGCGCGGAGACGGUAAAGCUCUACGAGCGAGUAACCGAGCAAGUGAGCACUGGAAACGUGUCCCUGCUCGCCGAUCUGCACGCCCUAACGUCGGGCCUCAAAUCGGUGGUGUCGUGGCAGACGGGCGAGGGCAUCGAACAGGCGAGAAUGGCGUGCGGAGGGCACGGCUACUCGCAGGCCAGCUACCUCUCCGAAAUUUACGGCGUCGCCAUCGGCGGAUGCACCUACGAGGGCGAGAAUAUGGUGAUGCUCCUCCAGCUCGCCAGAUAUCUCGUCAAAUCGGCCGCACUCGUCAAGGCCGGACAGUCGGAGAAGCUUGGCCCGUUGGUGGCGUAUUUGGGCGUGAAGAGCGAGGCGACGUCGCUCAUCGAUCGGACACCGAACGGCGGAUUUGUCGAGUACGUGAAGACGUUCCAGCACAUUGCGAAGAGACAAACGUUCAAGGCGGCCGAGAAGUUCUUCGGGCUCAUCGAGAAGGGAGAAAAGAGGGAGAUCGCGUGGAACAAGUCAUCGGUCGAGUUGAACAGAGUAAGCUUUGUGAUAACCUCUAUUCUGAUAAGCAUAAGGUGCAAAAAAUUUGCAAACAAAAGUACCGUGUACUUCUAAAGCGAUACACUGAUCAUCAGUACUUUUCCACUCUUUCCGAGUGAGUUCAAUGAUCACUACCUUGUACUUUUUCAGGCCUCCCGACUCCACACGCGUCUGUUCAUCGUCGAGGCGUUCAUGCGUCGAGUGCUUGAAGUGGCGGAGCCGCGACUGAAGGAAGUGCUCACCGAUCUGCUCCGUUUGCACGUCAACUACGAACUUCUCGAUGUGGCCACCUACGCGCUCGAGGACGGAUUUUUGUCGGCGUCGCAGUUGGAUUACGUGCGCGAGCAGUUGUACUUCUACCUCGCCAAGAUCCGUCCGAACGCCGUUUCGCUGGUCGAUUCUUGGGAGUUUAGCGAUAUUGAGUUGAGAUCGGUAAGUCUGGUGCCUGGUACGCAAACACCAAGCUGCAGUAAGCCCUACCGUACUCGUUUGCAGGUGCUCGGUCGUCGCGACGGUCACGUCUACAAGAACCUCUUCGAAUGGGCGAAAUCGAGUCCGCUCAACGAGACGGACGUUCUUCCGUCCGUCGAAAAGUACCUGAAGCCAAUGAUGGAUUCGGCUCGACAGAGUAAACUAUAA